AUGGCAGAAAGCGCUCCUCCUGCAGCUGCCGUGACCAAAGCGGCCAAGAAGAAAUCAGCAGCUAAACGCAAGAGAACGGGCCCAAGCGUCGGCGAGCUCAUCGUCAAGGCUGUGUCCGCAUCUAAGGAGAGGAGCGGUGUGUCCCUCGCCACCCUGAAGAAAGCGCUCGCUGCCGGUGGCUACGAUGUGGAGAAGAACAACUCCCGUGUCAAGAUCGCCGUUAAGAGUCUGGUGACUAAAGGGACCCUGGUCCAGAACAAAGGAAUCGGCUCCUCCGACUCGUUCAAACUCAACAAGAAACAAGCCGAGAUCAAGACAAAACCUGCCAAUAAAGCCGCUCCUAAAGCCAAGAAGCCCGCAGCCAAGAAACCUGCUGCCGCUAGGAAGCCCAAAACCGCAGCAGCGAAGAAGCCCACCGCUAAGAAAUCUCCGAAGAAGGCCAAGAAUCCCGCUGCUAAAAAGACAACAAAGAGCCCAAAAAAAGCAAAGAAACCAGCGACUCCUAAGAAAGCAGCCAAGAGCCCUAAAAAAACCAAGGCAGCCAAACCCAAGACACAAGAGAAUCAGCCAAUAUGUGGGGCCAACUUCACGGAGGCCACCAUACCAGUCUUCACCUCUCUUAAUCUCCUCCUCCAGAGAGAAAAUUCAUCUAUAUUUCUAUUGCAAGAUGAGAUGAUUAAAUUCAUCCGCAAGCUCUGCUUCAUCUUGCCCACAGUACUACAGACCCAUCACAAGCCUCACACCAUCCCAUCAGUGAAUAAGGAAAACCAUCUGCCUGGUAAUAAAAUACCAUAA